AUUUAUUUGCUGACUGUGGAAAUGACGUGUACAGGUUAUGAAAGGGCAAACAAAUGCAGAAAAUUAAACUUUUAUUUGUUGUAAUGGUUUUGCUUACAUUUUACUUUUCCGUUCCUACCGAAUAACGAUUUCUCGAUAUUAAUUACACCAAAAUGGGCACUGCACUGAGUCGAACAGUUGAUCUCAGUACAAAUGAGUACAUUCUAAGAUUUAUUGGUACUGAGACAAUUACACCAAAUGAUCCCUUUUGGAACAGGUUUCUUGCUUUCAACAUUUCUCUUCCGAAAACGAGCGAAGACCAAUUAGCAUUAGAUACAAAAGUGGAGCCGUUUUGCCAACAGUUAUUGUCAAAUAAUUUAAAGACAGGAAACGUGGGUUGUCUAAUUCAGGUAUUCCUAUCCAGAGCAUCAGAACUGUUGGCAGCUACUAAUACGGAUGAUAACAUAUUCAGCUGGCAAACAUUUAACGCUUUAUUUAUAAUCAGAUGUGUAAUUAAAUACUUUACGGAUGUUAUAACUGAAGAACAAUUCGUGGAACACAUCGAAUGUUGUCCGAGCAAUGUCUCAAGAUUGGAAAUGUUAGUCGGGGCAUUGAUAGGAAUAUUGGUUGAUGUUCCCCUGAAAGAUUUCACUUACGCUGUACAUUUAGAGAGCGUUACAUGCCUGCUUGUGUUGCUGUCAAUUCAUUUACACGCGCAGAAAAGAGCGGACCAGUGCAAUAUUUACAGAUUGAUCAUCAGAGGACGUCAUGCAAUUCAUGCUCCUUUGUUAGUAAAGAGCUUACUAUUUAAUUUCAUAGAACAGAAGAGGGCACCGCCUGUGUAUGGUACAAAUUCCGGAAAUCAAGGCCUCGUUUACGGAUUGGCGACUGGCUUUUGGUCUAUGAUCACUUUUAAUCGUAAAUCGGACAAUGAAGUUGACAAUACGCAUAACAGUCUUGUCGAUGUCCCUUUGGCGACACUCAGUUUGAGUUUGAUAUUAGUGUUAACAAAUCAUUGUACUGCUCAAGUGAAUCCAUACAGGCAGAGCCUGUUUACAUGUGCCAAUAGUGAAGAUAACAGUCCGAUUGCUCCUACCAAAGCAUCUACUUUAUUUAAAAUUAAUUAUAACGAUCUGUAUGUAACAAUUUGUAAAAAGGCGAAUCAAGAUUCGACAACAUUAUUAUUGUAUUUAUUACUUCACCGAAACAUUACAUUUCGUAAUUAUGUACUGAAUAAGACGGGCUGUGAACAAUUGGUAAUCCCCAUUUUAAAAACGCUUUAUCAUGCACCUAACUGUGACUCUCACCACAUCUACAUGUCUUUAAUAAUCCUACUGAUUCUAAGUGAAGAUGAUAUGUUUAAUAAAAGUGUACAUGCUACUAAAUUAAAGGGAGUAACAUGGUAUGUUGAGCGAUCUUUACCAGAAAUCUCCUUGGGUGGUUUGCUAGUUCUGGUAGUAAUCCGAACGGUUCAAUAUAACAUGCUGAAAAUGCGCGACAAAUACUUACACACAAACUGCCUGGCGGCGUUAGCAAAUAUGUCCGGACAGUUUCGCGAUUUACACCCGUACGUUAGCCAACGCCUAGUUUCCCUAUUCGAAACACUAGCGAAGAGGUAUCGGAAAAUUGCGCAACAACUCGAGGGUAAAUCGAACGACAUCGCCGUCAGCAUGACGAAUGAUUCCGAGGAGGAUGUGAUCGUCCUAGAGGAAGUGCUGCGAAUGCUACUUGAAAUAUUUAACUCGUGCCUAGUCCAUCAGCUUGUUAACAAUCCAAAUUUGGUGUACACUCUGCUAUACAAGAAGCACAUAUUCGAACCGUUCAAGAAUAAUCCCACCUUUCAAGAUAUAGUGCAGAAUAUCGAAAUUGUCAUUGAGUAUUUCUCCGAUCAGCUGUCAAUUAAAUCUGAAGAGCACGAGGUCGACUUUCACGAAGUGUUAGGGGUGAUACAGGAAGGCGCAAAGCGCUGGCCCAAGGAAAAACUAGCUAAAUUCCCCGACUUAAAGUUUAAGUACGUUGAAGAAGAGCAGCCAGAAGAAUUUUUCAUUCCGUAUGUUUGGUCAUUAGUCAGUAAUCAUUCUUUACUUCAAUGGGGUACAGACGGACAGUUACUAAACGUAGCUUGCUAACCUUACAUUUGUACUUGAGAUUGUGAUAAAUGUGUGCGCAACAUUAACGUAGAAGCAUUUUGAUCUUUAUUAUAAGUACGGUACAAUAAUUUUUUCAGUAUUGUAAGAUACCUGUAAUGUACAGUAGAAUUAAUAAGAGAUUUAUAUUCUAA